AUGGUUGAGUUUGAAGUGCCAAACUCUCCCGUGCGAGAGGAUGAAAUGAUAAGCUGGGAACUGGUUGAACAGCUUCUGGCCGCUGCUUCUCCCGACCGUCAGAUCACAGUACAAGACCGCAUUAAUGAGAUCUCUGGAAGGAAGACGCGCAGACACGGAUUUUGCCAGCGGCAUGUCUACACCGCGGAUCUGGCUGAAUACCUUAAUCUUGCAUCUCGUAAGGACUUAGAGCGCAUAUCUCGAAAUGGUGUCUCCGACGGACGAAUAUUUUACAUGCUCAACAGAAAGUACAUCAAAUUACGGCAUUUCUAUGAACGACAUCAAGUUGCCAAACAUCGCUUCAGGAAAAAGGACUUCAAUGUGUAUCUGGAAGACUUCAAGCGAUACCAGGCUACCCGUGGCCGCGGUGGUAAAGCCUACUACGAAGCGAUUGAAGAUCGGCUUAGUUCGAAGGCCGAUCGUCGCUACUUAUUGAGGUUGCAAAGAAUGGAACUCGAGCAGGUGAGCACAGACGAAAGCGAGGAGUCUGUAGAAGAGAUUGAGCCCGUGGUCAAUGAAUCGAUUAAUCUCAUAUCGGAUGACGAAGAAACAGCAACAAGGGGAGACCUGCCUUCAGCAGCGCAAAACACUACCGUUGAUGCUAACAACAGCCAAGUCAGUAUUGACCUCUCCUCGCCUCCCACUACUCCUGUGAGUGUCCAAUCACUUAGUCCGGAACCUCUACCACAGCCAAAUGCUACACCAGGGCCCACGAACUCGUCAAACGUUUCGCCAGAAUCGCCUCAACAACCGCGUACAGGCACACAACAAAUGCUGGAAGAAUAUUCAAUUCUUGAGCCUGACUUCAGUCGUAGGACACGAAGGCAUAAGUUUUCACAAGACCAUGUGUAUGUCACUGAUACGGCAGUGUAUUUGGGUCUGUCAUCGAUUUACCAGCUUAACGAUCUUUACGACCAGGGAAAAUCCUACAAAGAUAUCAUGUCAUAUCUGGAAUCUGUUUAUUCUCAAAAACGAAGAGAACGUGAGAAAAAGGAGAUUGGAUAUGGUCCUUUCUACAAGCCGUCGUUUGCCGCAUACCUUGCCUCCGAAACUCACAAGUUGGCAGAGCAAAACAGUCUUACUAAAGAGGCAGACAUGAGUGAUAGCGGUGAGGACGAAUACGUGGAAGAUGAGCCACCUAUUCCAUCCUCACCUGUUUUGGCAUCAAGAGUUCACAGCCAGAAUGAUGACCCCUCAGCGAUGAAAUCUGCUUGUCAUGACGAAAUCAAUGAACCUAGUCAAGAAAGCCAGGAGGACGCUUUUGUGUUUCGCAACCGUUUCCUAAAGAAAAAGAAUGCUUUGAAGGGUGUCCUUCCAAAAUCUUUUUUGAAGCUCAACAAAUCACAAGCGAUUACCAGACUACAACGAGAACCACGGGCUCCACGUCCAGGUCUUGCACGCAAGAAAAAUCACAAACACGCCAGGAAUGAUGAAUUUGCCGAUUUUUUGACCAACGAGGAUAUCCAAACAGAGAUUCGGCCAUUCAAGUACGAAGAGAUGGAAGAAGGGUACACUCCUUUGCAAUCGGCCCCAACAGUUGAGUCUGCGGACGAAAUGAACGUGCUUUCCUCUGCAUCAUCUGACUCCGACGUGACAGAGCUUUUUGAAGUGAUGAUUAGUAAAGAUUACGCAGAAGAAAAUCGAUCAGCAGGCAUUGAUUACAUGCUUAACAGAGCACCGAACACUAAGGGUGGGUCGAAGAGCAAACCUAGAAGACCACCUAUCGGUACCUAUAGACAGCGGCGAAGUGAAACUCCCUCGCUAAGGUACGGACGUAAGGUGUUUCAACGAACCUCAGAGCCACUAUCCAAAAGGCCAGUGGAUCAAAUGAUAUGGAUUAGUGAUGGUGAAGAUAAAAUAUAUACAGACAAGCCAUCGAGGGGCAUAGAGAAUUAUACCCCAACAACAAUUCACAAACGCAGAAAGAAGGUGCCAUUUAUGGGAAACCCAGGAGAUCCUAAACAUUUUUAUUACCAGAGGCGUCGAAUUGUUGGCACGGCGCAAUUGGAAGAUAUAGCAGACGGGGAAGUGGUGGAGGUCAGGCAACCAUUGCAGAACAAAACCAACACCUACACCGAUGUCCUGGAUAGAUUGGGUAAAACAGCUUUGCAAAGGGCGUUCCACAUGGGAGAUUUGAGCCUCGACAAAUAUCAGGACCUUGACCCUGGCAAAUCCUCAUUUAUUAAUUCCAAACUCUUCCAUGCUUGUUUGGACGAAGAUGGCGACUACUACAAGCACGAGCCUAUCGAGUUCACAUUUGGAAAUUUGCAUUACUCACUUGACAACUCCAACACCGAUAAGACUCCUAGACUGACGGAAGCCUUGCUGAAGCAGGUAUUUACAUCUCUUGCUAAACAACCGUUUUCGGAGGAUGAUCGCAACAGUAUUAGGAAAGCCUACAUUCGCAUUCUACAAUUGAUAUGGAACAUGAUUAAAUGGAGUCGACACGAUUUCAUGAAACUAGCGAAAGUGCUCUUAUCCUCGUGUUGGACAUUUUUGGAUCUGACGACUGAGGCAAAAAUCAAGAUUCUAUUUGCACCUUUUCACCUAACAGUGGCUACUCUCACAGGCAGACUCAUGAGACAACUCAAGGAAGAUCAUCAGGGUUUCGAUCACGUCAUUGUGAAAUUACAGAGACAAAUCAACAGACUGGCAUGCUCAAUUUCCAAGACUCAUUUCUAUUGUGCAUUGAAAGAUAACUCAUCGAAGUUCUUGGAAUCGAUGUCGAUAUUUCUUGCCUUGUGUCCAAACCCAUGGAAUCAGGUGGCUUCUUUGGCCAAAGAACAUGAGCUCUCAUUUGAAAAUGUGGUAAGCUAUCUUUAUUUUCUUCACUCCCAGAGGCCAGUUCUGGUUGAUUGGGAGUUUUUCAUCCAUGAGGUUGAAGCUCUCAAGGACGCUAUUGAUAUACAGAAGUAUCGAACUGUUCUAUCCACGGUCAUGAAAGUCAUCAAGGAGCUAAAUUGGAAUUUUGAGGAGCUUUUGCUGGUGAAGAUCUAUAGACUCAUCAGCUACCAUCGUUUUGAAAAUAUAGGCAGUAUGAAAAGAGUCACUUGCAAUGUGCCCUUGUCCUUGACCAUAUCUGAAUCUGAUGGAUGUCUAGACAUGUACAUUAGAUUCCUUACUCUACAUGUCCAGCAAUAUAUGGAACCAGAAAAAAGGAUGAGCCUGAUCGAAAAAGUCACCCCUGUGAGCGAUAUCAGCACGUGUACGGUCAAGCUUCUUGGAAAUAGGAUUUGUCUCCUUAUGGUGAUGACUCGACUGUUUAAACAUGAUUUUACAAAACAAGUUGCCAAUCUCUUCGGGGUUUUGAUUGCAUUUGGAUCAACAUCUGCUUACGAACAUACUCUCGAUCUCGUCAGCUCCUACACACAGUGUCAGUUUGAAGUCUUCAAAAAAGUUCCUCUAUCACUUCUUCGUGGUUGCUUGGUUCAAGUUAUCGACUCGAUCAAUAGCCUGCGGCUAACAUCAAAUGUAUCUUUGGAAAAAUUGCGUUAUUUGGCGAAACAACUUUGGGAUGCAGCUAUUGACGAUAGAGAAGAUGGCCGAGUGGGUCACUAUUUGUCGCUGUUUAUCCUUUUACUGAAACUUCGAACAUCCCACCUCUCAGACGUGAUACAAAGAACGAUGGAUGUCAUUCGAAAACUCAUCUGGAUGAAGCCAGCUGCCUUCCAUAAUUUAUCCCCCAAGAUACGAAUGGAAUUACUUUCUGCACUGAAAUCAAUUGUGCUAGCGCCGGAGCUGCUCAACGACUCCCUUAAAAAGUCGAGUAUUCAUCUUUGGGUACAUAUCAGUUCUGUCACUGGAGUUGUUGUUGACGCUUUGAUCCAACUAGAGUGGCAAUACUUCGGCACUGCAGCUAUGAGGUCGAAAUACGAGUUGGCGUUCUUCACCUCAGUGAUCACAUUUUACAGAGAUCAAACUUCUGCUAGCUCAUUUUCGGAAAUGUUCACGGUAUUUCUCCAAAAGCUUGCUGAUACGUGCACCAGAGACCUUUUUGAUUUCUGUAAACUUUUGGCACAGCAGAACGAACACAGUGGAUACUUGGAGUUUAGAACCGGAAAAAAUCUGUCGGAUAUGACAAUGGAGGAAUUCUCCGGUCAAAUAAUGAGAGUGAGCAUUCGGAUUCUUGCUCGUUUGGUGGUUGGUGCUAAAAAAGGUAAGGAGCAAGAUGCCGACUAUUUAAAGUUAUUUGUGAAGUCCUUGAGUGACGUCUAUAAGAGAUCUAUCGUGCAGGGGAAGUUUGAAAAACCUAAGGAGGAUUUCGUUACGUUGGUCCGGUAUCUCAAUACUGUGGCAAGCUCUGUUUUACAGACAGUGCCAGAAUUCAUUGACUUGAGGCAUGAACUGGCAAUAGAAGACGUCCAAGCGCCACUUAACGAACGCUUCGAAUCAACAGACAGUAUGACAGAUCUUAUGAUCCUUCUAGAGAGCGAAUAUAUUAAUUCGUUGAUCAAUUACAGGCUUGAGCUUUUCCAGGAUGACGUGGUUGCAGAUGUUGAUGAAUUGCCAAUUUUGGAAGUCAAUCCACUUCACAAAUCGGUGUUCUACUCCCUUUUGACCAUUGUCUCCCUACAUUUGAACCAAAUUCCUUCGGACAAAUCCCAUUGGAUUCAUCUUCAAAACUGGUUGCAAAUAAUCCUCCUUGCCGUGAAGAAACGUAGAUCGUUUUCUCAGGCAGAUGUCUGGACUCUAGUCAGACUAAUCACGCUGUGUUCUGAGAUGGGGGCUUAUAAGACAAUGAACGAGGAUUCUUGGAGACAAUGCUCUGAUUUAUUAUAUCAGCUCCUGAAUCAUCUAUCACUUGCCUUUUUGGGAUACGAUGAUAUGACAGAUUUCAAGAGAUUGUUUACAAUAUUGGACUCUUUGAACGAGCCAAAAGAUCAAUCGAGGUAUGCUUUUGGAAUUCCUGAAAGCUUGCUAAUGGAGUUCAAUGGUUUGUUCACCGAAUACUCCAAUCUAAUGGUAACAAGACUACAGGGCCGUGCGAUGGCUAUAGUGGACUGUGAUCUUGCAGGGUCAAAAGCUCUUGCUGAGCGCUCAUGUGGGAUUUAUGGCUCUGAUCUUCCUGCUACAGUUUCCAAUGACUUUGAUGGCAUAGCAUUUAUUUAA